UCGUUUCUCAGUGCAAAAAGAGAAGCAGUGGAAAGCGAGAUAAAGAUUCGUUACUUGUUUAAAAAAUGCUCUGUAUUAAGAAUCGUGUCUUUGAAAUAUUUCAGAGAUUUAAAUUACUGAAUACAUUUUGAAGUACAAUUUUUGAAGUUCCGAUGUCUUCCGAGGCUGGAGAUUUUCCCGUUCUACUGUGUUCGAAUUUAAAUGGAGAAUGUGAAGACUGUGACUCUAAGCGGCAUAGUCAUUCUUCGUUCGAAUGCGAUCGCACUCGAUCACGAAUUAAAAGAAAGUGUAUAGACUGGGACUCAAAUGUUCGUGUUAAGAUUAACAGAAAAAAUUCAAAACCACUUGCAGCACCCAAUGUAAUUAAUUUAUUGACUCGCAGAAGUAUCGGCAGUAAUGUGCGUUUCAUGUCCGAUUUCAUCAGUUUGAAAGCGAAGCAACUUUCAAUCACAAACUUCUUCUCCACUGCCGAUUCUGGGAUACACAUUACGGACUGUGAAUUCAUCAGGGGAGCUCAGAAUGGAUUGAGCCUCAUAGGAUUGUGGAAAGGGGAUCCUCAAGAUUCCGUUAUUUAUCGUCUGUCGUUUACAUUCAACUCCCGAUAUUCCUACAGCGACGAAUCUUCGUCAAUCGUAAAGAGCUUGGACAAGAUAGGCCCGUUUUUUGCUUUAACACGUGUGAAGGAUAUGUGCGAUGCCCGAUUUCGGCAGCAAAAUUGCGUAUUAUAUGUAGGAAAUCGAUUUAACGACAGAUCUGGAAUUGAAGGUAGUACUGUGUUAUGCAAUUUUUCAAACAAUAUUUACACGUAUGGGAGACAAUAUAUAUCAAAACGAGAUAUCUUAAGCUGUGCAGGUAGUCAACUCGGCGAUCUUUUUGCCACUGGAACGGAACAAGGCUGUUAUAUUUUUGAUGAUGACCGGUUCACGUACAAAGCCCGUCUCCCGGGAAAUGUUCGCUCCAUCGAGUUCAAUAAAACAGGGGAAAUGUUGUUCUGUGGUGUGGACACUGCUGGUUUAACGGUUUUCGACCUGAGAGAGCCUCCUUGGAAUAGGAGGACAGUUCGAGUGAAUCGUUUCGGGCCCGUUGGAGUUUCUGAAACCAAACUUUUAUCAGAUGAGAAAACAAUGAUUAUUAGUGGAAGCGAUGGGAGCUUAUCGAAAAUUGAUUUGACUACGAACCAGACUCUCAUAACGUAUCCCGGUCAUGUUGGCUCAUACAAGAAGAUUCCCUUCAGCAUAAGUGAAAGUGCCGAUAUCCUUUGUGCUACUGGUUGCGACAACUUAACUCGGUUAUGGUCACUGAGCACUGGGAAACAACUGCAUUCCAUACAGCCAUAUUUUACUGGUUAUAAGUCACAUUCGUGGAUUAUUAGUUACGAAAACCAUUGGUUUAUUGCAAUGCUACAAAAAGACCAACUGUAUACAAUGGAACCUGUGAUUUACUAACUUAGUAUCAGUGAUUAUAAAUGGAUGUUUAAAUUUUGAAAUAAAAUUCUUAUUCAGUAGUGGAAAUCUGAAAAUACGUGUGAAUGUUUAAAUAUUUACUUUUUGUUUUGUGAAUGUUUGUUUUUUACUAACCCAUAUAAGAGCGUUUAGUCACAUUAUUUAUUAAAUUGUUAAAAAAGACAAUCUUACUUGAAAACUAAACUUUUUUUCUACAUAAGCAAAGCUACACAUCAAAAACUUAUUCUAUGGUUUCAAUCCAUUUCUUGUAUGUUUGUAAUAAGUGCUAAAUUUUGAUUGUAAGGGGUCACAGUACCUUUCAAACAUUUUUUUUUUAAUUUAAGUAAAUUUUAUUUUUCUUUGAAGCCAUAUCAUGCAUACUUGUUUCAUAAUCAAAAAUUUACUGUCAAAAUUUUUAAAUAUUGCCUACUUUUUUUUAAAUUCAAAAAAUAGGAAAAUUUCAAUUUUUUAAAAUCCCUAAGGCUUUUUUGUUUUUAAACUAAUAUUAAGAAAACUUUUUGCUAAACGAUC